GUACUCAAUGGCCUUGGCUAGUGCUUGUCAUGAUCCAAGACAAUUCCACGGACACGAUUUGAUUGGUUCGUUGCUACAACACGAAACUAUAUCCGAUUUGGAUUUCUCGUACAGCUCCCUGGUGGCGUGUGAAUCGGGUACGCACGUCAGAAAAAGACACAUUAGAAGGCUAAUGGAGAUAGCCAACACUAAGCACACAGUGGAUUCGUUGAGUGUGGCCAUAUUAGCGCUCCAGUGCGUGGAACACGAUCAUCGCAACCGGAACGUAAAACCUUUACUUAAGAAACCAUUAGCGACAUUGAUAGCGCUUCAACAGCCGGACGGAGGAUUUGGUAGUCUUCACACGACUGCCCUUGCAAUCCGAGUGGGUACCAUAAAUCAUAAUUCAUAAUCCAUACAUUUCACC